GCGCUAGCCAAGCCAAAUUAUGGUGAUGAGCAGGCGAGAACGUCAAGUCCGUCAUUAGCUCUGACAGUACAGUGAUUGCGUUUCGCUUCGUCUCGUCUACACAUACUAACGAAGACCGACUAUAACCUGGGGGCCAACUCGAGGUAUGUCAAACGCUCAGGAAGUUGUCAAACGCGGAUAUCUCACGAAGUCACCUCCAGCGAAGCAAGCGUUGGCGAAAUGGAAGCGACGCUGGUGCAUGCUACUCGACUCUCAUCUUGUCUACCCGUUGGCGCCUCGCUAUGUCCGUCUGGAGUAUUUCGACGGCGAGGAAUCGCAACUCGCCGGCAAAGAACCGAAAGGUGUAAUCGACCUGAAGGACUGCCGGUCUGUAAAGAGCAUGCCCAACGUCAAGAGUCGAAAGAAUGUGUUUGACAUCGUCACAGCGGAUCGCGUCUAUCACAUGAGCGCCGACUCGGCCUCCGAGCGACAGGAAUGGCUGGAAGCGAUUCGAGGGAUUUUGUUCAGCGAGGAGGACACGUUCGCGACUCGGCCGAAUCUUUACAGUACGAGAUCGAGACAGACGGCGCAGCAUCCAGUGACGACGGGUCUGUCUCCCACUCGACAUGCUAGGUCUGUUCGAUCGACGUCUCCCAUUCCAAAUCGACGUGCAGUGGAAAGUAGUCAAUUACCAACAGUGAGAAGAGGGAGCGAAACGUAUGGUGAAGAUCAAAAGCCAGAAGGACGACAGAAGAGGUCCACCGGUUCAAUAUCAGAAAGAGUUCAGGCUGCGAUGAAUAAGGAUAAGCUAAGUCAGACAUCAUUGCAAGUGCAAGUGCCAUCAAUACAGACUGAAGAAGUUCGACAACGAGCUUCAACAACAGGCUCAUCUUCCAAUUCGCCAUCUCGUAAAACUGUAAAGAAAUUAGCUCAUACCGAAUCGGCACAAGUUGGUGCAAUGGGAGAUUAUGAUUAUGCAGCACCACGACGAGAUUCUGAUUCUGAAGACGAGGGAACAGGCGGACCAACUAGUAUUAAGCCUCAAGAAUCAAAUGAGAUGGUGACAAGUUUGCAAUAUCAGAUGAAGUCUCAAGUAGUCAAAGAUUUGUCUGAGUCAGAUGAAGAAGAUACUUUCUCUAGCGGUCCUCGGUCAGUGAUUGCACAGGAGCCAUCACGUUCUGAAAUUCAAUCUGAUCCUUUAUCUCGUGCUGUUGUCUCGACUGUUUCUGCAGUUGCUCAUCGUUUUUCAUCACAUGCUGAUAUCGACAUGAAUGAACGACAUCCAGAUUACCACAACUUGUCUUACCCAGAAGAUGCCCCUGAUGGUCAGCAUACGAAUAGUUCUAAAGGCAAUUUUCAUGACUAUCAGAAUCUUGAUUACCCAAAUUCGCAGUCGUCUAAAUCAGAUCGGGCCGCCAGUCUUGGUGGAAAUGCUAAGAAGGCAGAGUAUGAGAACCUCACUUAUCCAAAUGAGAAGAAAGGACCAAAUUACCAGAAUCUUGAUUAUCCAAAUGACAAGAAAGGACGAAGUUACCAGAAUAUUGAUAAAUCAAAUGGUGGGGGAGCACUGUCUGCAAGACAUACAUCAAGGCACGUUGAUGAGAAUGGUGAUUUUUGUAUGCUAUCAUUUUCUGACAUGAAACAUAAACCUGCUGCCGAAGAGGAGGAAAAGUAUGAUAAACUGCCUUCUCAUAGUCACUUGUCGAGCAUUGCUGGAACGAUGGGUUAUUCUUCUGUGGGGUCAGAUGUGAGCCGAGAAAGACCACAUUCUGGACCGGUUUCAACUACUAGACGUGACAACACUAGAGUACAGUUAUCGACCGAGCAUGAUGAUUAUGCGAUUGCUGCACCUCAUAUUGCGUCUGUUCCAAGACAUACACAAUAUGACUACGUCCAGCCUAGGACACGACAGAGUGAAGACACCGGAGGAAACAACUUGCAGGAAGUCCCUAGUGUACCAAGACAUACUCAAUAUGAUUAUGUACAGCCAAAGCCACGGCCAAGGAAGAAUUUGACUUCUCAAACUGAUCCAACCAGUGAAAUGUCAUCAAGCGGGUUAGCACGUCAUCUGCGAGAUAAUUAUGAUUACGUAGUACCGGGUGCCAGACUCGUUCCGACCCAGCAGUCUAAGGAUGCAAGUGACUAUGAUGAAGCAGCACCUAGACACAAACUUAGACAAAUGCCCGAGGUCGAUGGUGAUUAUAUGAUAACACCGCCCGUCCGAUCAGCACCACGAGUCGAUGGCGAUUACGACAUUGUGGGAUUCAAUGCUUCGCGCAAGUGAUGAAAUGCACUCGAGAAUAGCACAUGCAGCAAAUGAUGUACAUACGUAACAUUACAUCAGUUAGUAGGCCAGUUUGUAGAGAUGGAUCGCAUUUUCUGUAGCAGCAG